AUGGCGGGCUCUACGCUGGCACCGGAGUGCGCGGGCCGGAGCCGGCAGCGGCCUGUGGCUGUUGUCGCCGCUUCCUUGGCGCUGCUCAGCUGGCUCCGCACAGCGCACGGCGGCAGUGACGGGGGGAGUUCAUUAAAUGACGACUUGUUAUUGCCAUAUCCUCCUUCCUACCACGGUCCUCGUCACCAUCACAGGUACGUCAGAGACUGUCAAGCUGUCGUGCAUGGCAACGUAACGCAUGAAACUUGGCCCAGCAACACUAGCACUGAACUUCCUGUGACUAUGACAAGAGGAUUCGUGUCUUAUUUCCCACCAGAGGGCGAGACACGAAGGGAAGUCUAUGGCCACUUUACUUUUGUGAGCAACCCCCUGAGAACCUUCUCUGUGUUAGAGCCUGGCGGCUUGGGAGGUUGCAAUUCAAGCCUUCAGGCCACUGUGAUAGAAACUGCAAGACGUGGCAAGUGCCUAGUGGCCCAAAAUGGUGGCUACUUUGACAUUGUCACCGGAGAAUGCCUCGGGAACAUUGUGAGCGAUGGAAGGCUGGUGAGAAAUGCCAGAGGCGUGCAGAAUGCGCAGUUUGGCAUCAGGAAGGACGGCACCAUGGUGUUUGGUUACCUGUCGGAGGAGGAUGUUUUGGAUCAAGUCAACCCAUUUGUGCAGCUGGUAAGCGGCGUAGUCUGGCUGCUGAGAGAUGGAGAAGUGUAUGUCGGUCAGAGUAAGACAGCGGAGUGUGACAAAACUCAAACCACAGGGUCCUUUGACAAGUUCAUCAAUGUGAUAUCUGCCAGGACGGCAGUGGGACAUGACAGGCUCGGGCGACUGAUCUUGGUUCAUAUGGAUGGACAGACAGAUGUGAGGGGCCUCAAUCUCUGGGAAAUGGCCAACUUCCUAAAGCAGCAGGGUGUCGUGAAUGCUAUCAAUCUGGAUGGUGGAGGGUCAGCCACUCUGGUUUUAAAUGGAACCCUUGCGAGUUACCCGUCAGAUCACUGCAAGUCCGACGCCAUGUGGCGCUGCCCUCGGAGCGUCUCGACAGUCGUGUGUAUCCACGAGCCUGCUUGCGAGCCUCCAGACUGCAGUGGGCACGGGCGCUGCGUGCUGGGAGAGUGCCAGUGCACUGGGGACUUCUGGAGAGGACCAGAUUGCAGUGUCCUGGACUGCGGGCCUUCCAACUGCAGCCAGCAUGGCAUCUGCACUGAGUCUGGAUGCCUCUGUGAUGCUGGCUGGAUAGGCAGCAACUGCAGCGAAGCGUGUGCUAGCGGCUCCUAUGGGGAUGGCUGCACCCAGAAAUGCCUCUGUCAGAACGGUGGAGCAUGUGACCCUGUGCAUGGAUCCUGCACCUGCCCGGCUGGUUACCAAGGAGCCAUCUGUCAGCAAGAGUGCCCCAUAGGCUGGUAUGGGCCAAACUGCCAGCAGCUCUGUGACUGCGAGCAUGGCUGUCCUUGUGACCAGGAGACGGGCAGCUGUAAUAUCACCUAUGAGGAUAGCCUGCAGGACAAGUUAUCCAGAGCUGGCCACUGUCUGGCUUUCCUCAUGGUUCAGGCAGGGAGUGACGAGAAACCCCUUCUCACAGAGAGAACCUGGAUCUGCUUCACCUCAGUCUUGGGGCUGCUGCUUUUGAUCAGUGUGGUUGGAAACCUGAGGCUAGUUCUCAGGAGCCAGGCAGCAGAGCGCUGUGAAAGUGGUGACUACGUGUACCAUCCACUGAAAGAAAUGAAUGGAGAAGCCAGUCAUAGAUGCCCUUCUGCCUCUUUGGAGCAGUACCAGGCAGAAGACACUCAAGAUCAAAGCCAGCCAGAGACUGAAGCACUCAUUUAACGUCACAGGUGAGGAAAGACUUGAGAUAUUCUCCCCAGCUGUGGUACUGGCUUUCAGCACAGAGGACCUACCAAGGGCUGCUUCGUCCUGGAAUGAGAAGCUAGUAACUUGCGCAGAACAGCAGCAAGAAGGGGCACAAGGUGAUAUUCACAAAACAUGUGACUGGGCUCAACCCAGCAGCUGCCUCCCUUCUUGCCACUUCUCA